GUUCAACAUCACUCACCGGACUUCUCGCUUUAUAUGGUUCCUUGGUCCCCAUGAUGAUGGUCAAUCGAAGGUCGGACGGGCCAACGCAUGGGAUUCUCGCUGCAAGUUUCAUCAGGCCGACAUCAGGGGAUCCAGUCCCAUGUGCAGUCUGCGAUGAUUACAAGCGGGUGUUCAUCUAUGUAUCUGUCUCUUUCAAUUCAAGUUUCCUCGACUCCGCGGGUCCGAUUGCUGGCUGCGGUCCAUUGACAGCGGGGACGGAGGGCGAAUGUUAGCGGUUUGAACAUUUUGCGAGCAUGACGGGCGAGAUUGCGAUUCCCACCUGGCCGGCCAUCUUUUUUGAAAGAUGGAAUGAUAUCAGUCGGAUAUCAGGGCAUGAACACAAGCCAGCGGCGAACUUCGCCAUGGGGACUGACGGGGCUACAUCCUGUUUCGGUGCACCGAUGCUUGCAUGUGUUGCCCUGAAGCCGCCGGCUUUUUGACAUUCACUUGAUUCGACAUCGGACACUGCAUGGCAUAACGGCUACCUUAGCAUCAUUGUCACCGCUCCUUCUCCUUCCUCUUGUUCUCUUUCCUUGACUACAACCCGCUUCAUUCUAUGCCUGCACGAACUCUCCCUGGAUUGAACUUUAUCGUCGUCGGUGCAUCCGUAGCCGGUCUAACCUGCGCCAUCGGCCUCAAGAAGUCUGGACACAGCGUUACCGUCCUAGAACGAGAACCGUGUCUCUCCGGUGCAGAAUCGAUUCCCAGUGGUGCUGCAGGCGUCCCUCCCAAUGGCUGCAAGGUGCUAUUCGACUGGGGACUUGAGAAAGACGUCAUGGAAAACGCAGUCGCAGGGCAUGGAUUCAUGAUGUACUCCUACGAUCCUUCCUCCAAAGGAAAGGGAGAGCGAGAUGCUAUGGGUGUCAAUCUAUGGGACCCGGAGCUCAUGGAGAGCGCACGCGGGGAAUUUUUACAAAUGAAGCACCGUGUGCUUCUUCGCCUAUUGCACGACCUCGCCAUCAAGCCCCCAGCCCCGUCUGAAGGCACGGUCACGAUAGAAUUUGACGCAGAGGUCACAAGUAUCGAGUCGGACGACACAGGAUGCAAUGUCAUAUUAGCUUCUGGCGCGGUCUUCGCCGGCCAUGCUGUGAUCGGGGCGGACGGAUCGACAGGGUUCGUUCGGAAGUAUAUCCUGGAGGAGGAAAUUGAGGAUUCGGGUGCUGAGUGUGUUGACGCUGACACAGACCUCUGCGCAUAUAGCAUGUUUGUUCCGAGAGCAAUAGCUGAACAAGAUGAAGAAUUAAAGGAAUUGUACGAUUCCCCCAGGAGUAACAUGGUCUCCGUAUAUUUCGGCAAUCAACGAGCUGCCAAAGUUUUCCUUAACGGUCAAGAAAGAGACGCAUAUUUAUGGUUGUAUACCACCGACGGUCAACAAGAAGGGUCAUGGACCCGUCCCGGCGUGAAACCCGAGAUUGAGGCCGUUGAGCCUGCCGACCCUGUAAUAAAACGAAUUUACGAAAAAGCGGCCACUCCUCUCCGGUUCCCGAUGAAGCAACAUCACGUUUUGGACUCUUGGGUGUCUCAAAGUGGAAGAAUCAUCGCUAUUGGGGAAGCUGCGCACCCGUUUCCACCAUUCUCAUUGCACACCAUUUCCAUCGCCAUCGAGGACGGUGCUUUCAUGGGGAAAAUAUUCUCCCACACUCGGAAUCCAGAGCGCAUCCCAGAGUUCUUAUAUGCGUUUGAAGAGAACCGGAAACCGCGCUGCGAGCAUAUCUUGCAGGCGGAGCAGAUGCAGCUACAAUAUUUCACGCUUCCCGAUGGCGACCAGCAGCAGGAAAGAGAUGACAAGUUCCUUGCUAACAAAGCUGCCGGAAGAAACGCCAUGAGCUCGCCCGAUGAGAACAUGCAGGAGAUCGUCGAUGACUUGAGAGUAAUAUUUGGUUAUGAGCCCACUGACGAAGCGGAUGAAUGGUGGAUGUCGUGGGGUAGAUUUCAGGAAGAUUCGUCUCAGCAGCAGAAUACGAUGGGCAGGAUGGAUAUGUCGCAGGCUUUCAAGGAACAGUGGGGCGCUGCUACGACAGUCAGAACCGAGUGAUUAUUUAUAUAGAUUGCUGCGAACUCGCUUCUAACUUGUCAUCGUCGCUGCUGCCCGGUGCCGCCCGUAGACCUUGGAUAUGGACCCGAGCUCUGACGCCCCGCAUAUGGUCGCGGUCUGUCCAAUAGCAUAUGUAUGCACUGCAGUUCGAUCGAUGUUUCGGUCAUCACCGCCACCCCCUACGACCUACAUAGACUUCUCAUGCUUUAGAUUGUCACUGGUCAUUCAAAUGGGUCCUGAAAGGUCUGGGAACUUGGAAACCACUGUGGUUCUAACCGUUCCCCAUCUCUGUCAACGAUCAAUCGAUCCGGUCGAAAGCACUCCCCAGAUUAAGAUCUUUGACUGCUUAACAUCUACACUGAUGAUCUCCCUGUUCUAUUCUACAUCGCUCCCGCGCGACGUAUGUUUGACCGGCUUGUUGCUCAUUGCAAGCUGUAGAAGGCGUCUGGACUCAUCUGCGAGUCUGGCCCCGGACCCAAAACCGGACUUUCGGGUUCUUGACUUCAGCCAGAUGAGCGACCGAUUGUCGCAUCUAGAAGAGCUAUCGCGCCGUGUUCUGUGCUUCUUCGAACGGUCGCAAGAGACCCUAGACGCGUUUUCCUUAUCUCGUAUCUUCUACCUCCGUGGCUCCAAGUUCAAGGUUCAACGGCAGCAAUGCUCUCACGAUGUAACGCGCGUCGCGAGGGCACGGAAUAUAUGGAUUUCACCGACGGUCCCCGAAUCUCGUCUCACUUGAUGUGUUAUCUGUCCGUCGGAAAGCUGGCCACGUAUUUCGUAGAGUCGCUUCUGCGAGCCCACUCUUCUGGACUUGGACAAAACGUCCGGGUCGGGAACUUUGUCUCUGCUAGAGCUGCCUAGUUUCUCUCUUCGGCUAUGAUUUCCAACUCUUGUUCGCAGACGUCUUGUUCUAAUCACAUUCCCCGUCGGCGCCGAUCAUCUCUCUUCGUCAUUUACAAAUCAGCGAAAUCAAUCAUUUUUUGAGGCAGAAGCUCACAUACAUAGCGCGUAUACGAUGCGUGGAAGCCUUGACCUGGACCUGGAUAUGUUCGGCGCAUACUCAUCUGUCAGUGUGGCCUCGCUUUCGAUUUCGACCGGGUCUCCCGUGUUUGACCCCGGCCUGGAAUGAUAACGGACAGACCAACAGCCUCCUCAGUCUCACGUCGCGCAUGGUCGCGUUUCAUCACCCGUGACUCUCACGCGCAUCGUCCUCCAGCUCGCUUCGGGAGUCCGCGUUUGAGUAUCAAGAUUCCGACCCUUGUUAUCAGCUCAAAUUCUCCACAAGUCUCUGCGACGCAGUGCUCAGAGCAGGGACAGCCUCUUGCCUCGAAUCUUUUCAGUCAAACAGUCUUUUUGAUCGCGUCCACUCAAACAUUGCUCCCUUAUACACGGACUCCUCUGCUUUCCUGGACGGCUCAAUCACUGCUCUCAAGGCCCAAUGAUGCAGUAGCACGAGCCUGGCGAUCGUGAACCAUGAGCUCCGUUUUCGUCUGGAAGGGAUGCGAAGAUAUAUGCCCCUUUACCGGCCACAGCCCGCCUCUCGACACGGACGGUUCGUUGUGCUCCUCAUUGCCACUGCUCAGUUUGGUCCUCCCAACACUCCCAACCGUUAUGCUCAUGCAUCAGCCUUUCCACUCAGACUUGGAUUGGAUGCCAACCCGCAGACGGCAACCGUGCUUCGUCGUCGCUCGUUCCCUAGUGGAUUCUCUGCCUCACGGGACGAUACUGGGUUCUUCACAUCACUCGUUGCUGAUAUGGUGACGAUUUAGAUCCGCGUCUCUGGGAACUGCACCGCGACAUCUCCUCGCACGACCUGGACCGCGGUGCUCAUUCCCAGCGGAAGCUGAUUCGCUGUACUCGGCGCUGUUUUCACGAGUUCAUGGACGCGACGGUGGAUAGAUAUCUUGUUCAUGGAUUUGCCAUGCGAGUCGUAAACAGUGAGACAGGUCACAGAAUGAUCUCAUCGAUACAAUUACGAAGGGUGAUCGUUCAUAUGAAUGUCGAUCAUCACAUGAUCAACUAUGAUCCCUCCAGACUUGUUACCUACCGCAACAGCGUUAGAACAGCGCCUCAGCCUUGCUGCAAUAUGACCUGCCUCCUGCACGAAAGAUCCUCCCGAUCUACACACGCAAGUCAUGCGUAUCCUCGAUGGGACAAGUCGUUUUUUAUAGAGGACGAUCUGUGUCGAUCCCAUCCUCGCUCUCUUUGCCCUACGUUCGAACUUCGAUGUUGGCCACCCUAGCGUUCAUUCCGCGAUACUGUCUUUUCCUUGUUGUAUUCCUUCUCUGUUACGCUCCAUCGCGACUCUCCUACGCCCGGCCUGCCUUUCGAGCCUCUGAAACCGUAGUCGAACGAGACUCUGCUUCUGACGCUGGUCUGGAUUCCGCACACUGGAUAUGGACGAAUCCUUCUGCGACAGGCACUAUCGCCGUUCUGCGUGGCUACGCCACC